CCAAACACCAGACAUGUUUUUCCUCUCCCUUCUUUUUUCCUCUCUCUCAAACGAAGAAAGAGAAAUGGAUAAUGACGACCCAAAAUAACAUCCAGAUCCAAUGUAAGAAAGCAACAAGUCAACUUCGUCUCUCUCUCUUCCUCUUCUCUCAACCUCUCUCUCUCAAAGCGUCUCUGACAAGGCUGCAAACACACUCAACCCACUAUUUCUUCCCAGAAAACUCCACUAUUUUCACACACACUCUCUCUCUGAAUCGUCAUCGUCAAUGGAUAUGGAAGACUCCCACUCUUCACACGAAGACCUAACCACAUCUUCCGAGCUUCGACUUCACAGCUCCAACGUCGAAAGUCACGUGAUUCGCAGCUCUCCCCAAGUGUCCGACGCCACUCCCGACGCCGGAGUGCUCUCCGGCACCGGAUCCAACUCCGCCAAGUACAGACUCAUGACGCCGGCCAAACUCUCCAUCUCCAGGUCCACCUCCAUCACUGUCCCUCCUAUUCUCACUCCGACGUCGUUUCUCGAGUCCCCUGUUCUUCUCUCCAACAUCAAGGCAGAGCCUUCUCCAACUACAGGUUCCUUAUUCAAGCCUCAUUUGAUGCAUGGAUCUGGUAGCAUCACUGCUUUCUUAUUAGCGACAAGUUGUUCGAAAAGCAACACCUCUGAUGAAAGGAAAACAAGCUCCUUUGAGUUUAAACCCCACACCGGAUCUUAUUCUGUCUCAGGAUUAUCAUCGAUCUCUACAGGUAUGAACCACCAGCAAAGUGAAACAUUUGAACGAGUUCAAGGUCAAUGCCAGUCUCAACCAUUUCCAUCAUUGCCUUCUGUUAAAAGUGAGAAGGCAGCCUCCUCAAAAGAAUUGAAUAUAUCUGCACCUGUUCAGAUGUUUAAUUCAAGGGCUAGUGUACCUGUUGAAGUUGUUGAUUCUGAUGAAUUGGGUCAGAGAGUACCUCCCAAUACCGGGGCCCAGGCUUCACAGUCUGAUCAUAAAGAUAUUGCACCUUCAGUUACUACUGAGAGGUCAUCUGAUGAUGGAUAUAACUGGCGAAAAUACGGUCAGAAACUUGUCAAGGGAAGUGAAUUUCCACGAAGCUAUUACAAAUGUACGCAUCCUAACUGUGAGGUGAAAAAGAUUUUUGAACGUGCUCAUGAUGGGCAGAUAACAGAGAUUGUGUACAAGGGUACACAUGAUCAUCCUAAACCUCAACCUACCCGUAGAUAUACUGCUGGUGCUAUUAUGUCCAUCCAAGAAAAAACUGAGAAGAUUUCAUCAUUAACUGGUCAAGAAGAUAAGUCCAUCAUAAAUUCCCAGAUCUAUCGUAAUGGUCAGCCAAACACUCCUGAGCUAUCUCCCAGUGGAGCAAAUGAUGAUGGUGUACAAGCAGGUUCACGGUUCAACAGCACCAAUGAUGAGGUUGAUGAAGAUGAUCCAUUCUCGAAGCGGAGGAAGAUGGAUGGUGGUGGUAUUGAUGUCACACCAAUUGUUAAACCUAUUCGUGAGCCACGCGUUGUGGUUCAAACUGUGAGUGAGGUUGACAUACUAGAUGAUGGGUAUAGAUGGCGUAAAUAUGGACAGAAAGUGGUGAGAGGCAAUCCUAAUCCAAGGAGCUAUUACAAGUGCACCAAUGCCGGAUGCCCAGUUAGAAAACAUGUGGAGAGGGCAUCCCAUGAUCCCAAAGCAGUUAUAACCACGUAUGAAGGUAAACACAAUCAUGAUGUACCUACCGCUAGGACUGGCAGCCAUGAAAUGGCAGUGAUUGGAAUAUCAAAAGCUAGACCAGAAGAGAGUGAUGCAGUUAGCCUUGAUCUUGGGGUAGGAAUUAGUUCCGGCACUGAAAAUAGAUCCCUUGAGCAGCAGCAAACUCUGGAUGCUGAAACUUUCAGAAGUCAAGUCCACAAUACCGGUUCAGACUAUAAGGUAGUUCAACUGACCCCAGUUUCGGCAUACUAUGGUGUCAUAAACGGUGGCGCCAAUCAGUAUGGACAUAUAGAAAACCGUGUUGACAACCGUGGCUUUGAAAAUCCACCUUUAAACUAUUCUUCUAACCCAUAUCCUCAAAAUUUGGGAAGAAUACUUUUGGGCCCAUAAAACUUUUUGAUGAAUUUGAAGAAAAAUAAAAUGAAGAUGCAGUGAUUAUUCUUGCUUCGUGUUGGUUUGAAGGAUCAAGUACAACAAUCUCGAGAUGGAAGUGCAACUCAAAUCAACACAACAGAAUAUUGUCCCAACUAUUUGGUGUCAGCUUUAUGAACCACAUCUUCCAUUCUGCUCAUUCUCGAUAUAUAUAUAUAUAUAUAUAUAUGAUAUUAAUCUUUUUGUAGAAAUAUUUUUAGGUCUGUUCUUGCUGUAUCUUUUACCUGCUGUCUUGCAGCUGCCUUCUGUAUCCAGGUGUUAAUAUUUUACAUUAACUGUUUUUUUGAGCCCAGAAGUUCUGUACAAAUACAAAAUUAGUACAGGAUAGUGAUCUGACCACAUUUUGUAACUCAAAAAUGCUUGUAAUGGGAUGUAUUUGCAGAAAUAUCUGACCACAAAAUGUAACUCAAAAAUGCUUGUAAUGGGAUGUUUUUGCAGAAAAUACUUAUAUUGUUCUAUUAGUAUUUCAAAAGGCUUGUGAUUAUUCUGUUUUGAUUUGAGAAA